UAUUUAUCCUAGACUGAUAAAAUGAACAAUAUCACGUUUGGUUUUUUCCUGAAUCUUGACAAUCUGUGUAAUUGUGUACAAUAAAAGUGGCCAACAAUCAAAGAGAGGAAUCAGUGCUGAAAAUCAACCAGUGAAAUCUCAACACAAGAUCCUUAUAAACAGUGUUGGGAAAGUUACUCUGGAAAUGUAUAGGUUACAGAUGAUAAGUUACCCUGUUUAAAAUGUAAUAAGCAUGUAUCCUAAAUAAGACACAGUUCUAUCUGUCCCCUGUCUCAUAUUUUUGAGCAGUCAAUGCAAUUUGGGAAAGAAAGAAAUCAAAUCUGUACGUGUGUGAAAAUAUUUUUCUCAGUACCUGUAACACAUUACAGUUACAUUAACACUGUUUAUUAAUGCUUUCAAGAUAAAACGCAACGAUUUUAUAGUAAAUGUCUAUUGUAAUAAAGACACACUGCGAUAUUUCCAUAUGCAUAUACAGCAUGAUGCAUGCUGUGUGCUUGCGAAGACCUCACGCACGUCUCGAAAGGGGCGCUGCGGGACUUUUAUUUUGACAGCGCCUGUGCUCAGAUCGCAUGACGUCAGUGUUGUGUUCUGCUUGUGCUGCAGCGAUGCGCCUCAUCCGCGUCCGUUAUUAUUUCAUAAACACAUCGAUCAUAUUGUUAUGAUAUAUCUACCAAUAUCUGCUUUUGCUUAUUGAUGGUCUUAAUAUGGCGAGCUCUUUCACCAGAGCUCCACCUCAAGGGGACACAGAGACGGAGCGUCUGCUGUCCCCUGUGGUGGGAUACGGCUCCGGCGAUCUGAAUGGCGGGGGUCACGCCGGCCCUCCCAAACUGGACAUGAGUGUGUCAGGCUCACGUCUGCGGGCCGAGGAAGAGGAGGAGGCCCUGAGGAGGAAGCUGAAGUACUUCUUCAUGAGCCCGUGUGAUAAAUACCACGCUAAAGGCCGCAAACCCUUCAAACUGGCCCUUCAGCUGCUCAAGAUCAUCAUAGUCACUGUACAGCUGGUGUUGUUCGGGCUCAGUAAUCAGAUGGUGGUGGAGUUUAAGGAGGAGAACACAGACUCCUUCAAGCAUCUGUUCCUCAGAGACUAUGUGGAUGAUUCGGAGGAGCCGCUGUGCAUCCACACACAGAGAGACGUCUAUGAUCACAUCCAGUACGCAAUAGAGCAGUAUCUGGCUCUGCCGCAGACGUCGGUCGGCAGGUAUGCGUAUGUUCGAGGUUCGGCUCUGAACGACAGCGCCCUCUAUCUGUGCCAGCGCUACUACAGGAAGGGCACUAUCGACCCGGUUAACGACACGUUUGACAUCGACCCUCAUGUUGUCACUGACUGCAUCGGUGUAGAUCCACCACCAGACUCCUCCAGUCCAUCACAGAACCACCACAGGAACUUCACCCUCAACUUCCAAAAGUUGAUUAAUGUGACUAUCCAGUUCCAGCUGAAGGCGAUAAACAUCCAGACGAUAAUCAAUAAUGAGAUUCCCGACUGCUACACCUUCUCCAUCACGAUCCUGUUUGAUAAUAAGGCUCACAGUGGUAAAGUGAAGCUGAGUUUGCUCAACGAGGCGUCUAUUAAAGAGUGCAGAGACCCCAAUGUUUCAGGACACGCGGACAGUUACGCGCGCGUGGCGUUCGAUGUGAUGGUGGCGGUGGUCUGCGCUCUGUCUCUGGUGUUGUGUGGACGCUCCAUCCUCAGAGGAAUCAUCCUGCAGCACGAGUUUGUGUGUUAUUUCCGUCGGUCUUUGGGCCGGUCGCUGAGCUUGGGCGAGCGUCUGGAGUUCAUCAACGGCUGGUAUCUGCUGCUCAUCAUCAGCGACAUUCUCACUAUCAUCGCCUCCUUCAUCAAGAUCGCCAUCGAGACCAAGAACCUGUCGUCGUAUGACGUCUGCAGUAUUUUGAUGGGAACCUCCACUCUGCUGGUGUGGGUCGGCGUGAUACGAUACUUCAGCUUCUUUCAGAAAUACAACAUUCUGAUUGUGACUCUACGAGCCGCGUUUCCAAACGUGAUCCGGUUCUGCUGCUGUGCUGCUGCCAUUUACAUGGGCUACUGUUUCUGCGGCUGGAUUGUACUAGGACCCUACCACGCUAAAUUCCGCUCUCUUUCUACGGUGUCGGAGUGUCUGUUUUCUCUUAUUAAUGGAGACGACAUGUUUGCCACGUUCUCGGAGGUGGAGCAGAGCGGGACGCUGGUGUGGGUGUUCAGUCAGCUCUAUCUCUACAGCUUCAUCUCGCUCUUCAUCUACAUGGUUCUGUCGCUCUUCAUCGCACUCAUCACUGGAGCAUACGACAGCAUCACUCAACAAACCCAGGACGUCCCGCAGGUGUCUGAACUGCACCGGUUCAUCGCCGAAUGCACCGACACACCCACCUCUGGAAACUUCCACAGCCCAGAGCCGUCGACCUGCUCGCUCUUCUGCUGCUUCAACUAGAGAGACUGGGUUUGUGAAGGGGAUUCUGGGUAAAGCGUUGUAUCUCAGGCACAAGGGAGAGGAAGGGACGUGCUCUUCUUUAUGUGUUUGUUUGCAGGUAAAGCUGUUGCAGCUGCACUGAUAGAGCCGAUCUCAGCAUGCAGCUUUUAAACACGUUAUAAUUAAUGAGCUGAAUGUGUUUUGCAUAUUCAUGAGCAUCUUGGCUUAGUGAUCAGGACUUGAUGCUCUAGACCAGCUAAAGGGAACUGCUCCCUCUAGAGGCGUGGAGGAGUUACAGCACACAAAAUUACAGAAAAACAUUACGUUUCAGGUGAAUCUCAAAACCAAAUGUGCAGGUGAUAUUUCACCUCAAAAUUGAGAAAUUAUAUUUUGCUUAAAGAAAACAAAGCCUUUUUAUUAACAUCAUGAUGUUUAGCAUCUUAUUUUAGGAUGAAAUAUGACCUGCACAUGUUCUUUUAGUGAGUUUAGUGAGUUACAGCACACAAACACAGAUGAAAACACACUUUUCCAGCAUUAUAGUUCAGGGGCUUUAGUGAAUCUCACAACAAAAUGUCCAGGUCACAUUUCAUCCCAAAUAAAUAAAUAAAUAAAUAAAUAAUUGCUUAAAAGAAAAUGAAUCCUGUUUUAGCAGCAUUAUGAUGUUUUGCUUUGUGAGAUUAUUUUCAUGACAGUUAAAAAGGUUUUUGAUUUUCUUUUGUGGUUAUCAUCUAGUUUGUGUUACUGUAAUACAGUAAUAUCUACUUUUCAGUUUAAAUCUGCAUACAUUUUAAACGCUGAUUCAGCAAAUACAUGAAAUAUAAAUAUAAAACAGAACAGGUUUUGUGGUCUUAUAUGCAAAACAAUAUAAUUUGUAUCUGAUUUAUUUUAGGUUGAUGUAUGCAAUAUAUUUUUUUUUACAUUUUCAUGCAACAUUUAAUCCUAAAAUUGAAGGCAAAAAAUGAAUAAUAUUUUGCUUGAAGAAAAGUAAGGAGGACCCUUAAAAUGUUAUGCUUUGUGAGAUUAUUUUCAGGACAAUUAAAUAUUUGAAUUGUAAUUGAUAUUACUUUAUUACAGUUAAAGUUAUUUUUAAUUUUUAAUCUGCUUAGAUUUAAGAUUCAGACUGAAGUAAAAUAAUUCCCCAACAUACAAAUAAUUUGAGAGAAAAUGUGUCAUCAAAAUAAUGUCACAAUUGAACAAAUAUUAAUUCUAAUUUAUAAUAAAAAUACUGCAACAAAAAUAGGUCCCGUUCUCUCAUAUGCAAAAAUAUUUCUUGUUUUUCAUUAAUUCUGAAAUAAGACCUGCACAUUUUCUUGACUGAAUUCAUGAGAUUCGCCUGAAUAUUUGUAUUCCAUUCAUAUGCAUUCAUACUGUGUAUUUUAUCAUUGUAUUCUUUUAUCUCAUUUUUAGAGAAUAUUCUGUGUCUACACUAUAUUAUAUAUCGCUUAGGUUUCAAAUCCAUGUUAGGAUAUUAGUGCUUUGUUGGCAGAGGAGCGUCACACAGAUGUUUGUGUGUGUGUGUGUGUGUGUGUGUGAGUGUGUGAGUGUUUUUUUGUGUGAAUUGUGUGUGUGUGUGGGGGGGGGGUGUUUUUAACAUGAAGCAUAGCUUGCAGGUUUAUUUGGACAUUAAUAUUAAUGUGGACGGUGUAUCGUACUUGUCCCUGGUGCAUUUGCUCCUUUCAGAGCCGUCUCACACACACACACACACACACACACACACACACACACUGAUGUUUGAGAAGCCUCGGGUGUCUUGAGAGUUUUUCUCUGCAUAUUGACGCAGGGCUCAGUCCAUCAGGGAGUUACAGAGAUGCUUUGAGUGUCUUCUGUGUGUUUUUGGUCCACAGCAAGCUGAUAUCUGUCUAUUAAUCAUUAGUAGUUAUUUCUAAACCUUCACCGUGAGGGACCAGACACCAGCUGAUUCCUGGAUGUUAUUUCUGAGCUUUCUCUGUACUAUAUUAAUGAUGUUAGUGGUGGACUUUCAGUGUAAUAUCAGAUCUGUUCAUGCGUGACUUCAUCUAGUGCUCAGGAACAGAGACAAUCUGAUAAGAUUUGGUGUUUUGUGCUGGUUUUACUCUGAUGUAACUGUUUCUUCCCAGAAUGCCUUUCUGGUGUAGUGUCAUACUGCUGGGGAUUUUGGGGAUGUUUUAAAGAGGUGUGGGAUUUAAAAUACUUGACAUACUGUUUUAUCUUAAUAUUUUCAUUUGUGUCUAACUGUAAGCUGAGAUGCAUUUGGUUUGUUCAUUUGUGUCAUAAGUGGCAUUAUUUUUUUAUUUAUUUUUACCAAAGGGAAUAUUUGUUUUAUUUUAUUUUUUUACAAGGCAUCGUUUUGCACAUUGUUUAAGUUUGUAAAUUAUUUGCAGUGAUUAUUCUGAAUGUGUAUCUGUCGUUUUGUGUACAAGACAGAGUUGCUUUGCGUUAAACUGGUUGAUAUAUAUAUAUGCUCUCACAUUUUAACACAACUCUCAGCUCUUAAAGUCACAAAUAAAAUCCAUGAAUG